AUGGGGAGUGGAGCUAGUUCGGAAAGCAAGGAGUCAGCCAAAAGAUCAAAGGAACUGGAGAAAAGACUUCAGGAAGAUGCUGAGCGAGAUGCAAGAACUGUAAAGUUGCUGUUAUUAGGAGCUGGAGAAUCUGGGAAAAGUACCAUUGUCAAGCAAAUGAAAAUCAUCCACAAGAAUGGUUACAGUGAGCAGGAAUGCCUGGAGUUCAAAGCAGUAGUUUAUAGCAAUACAUUGCAAUCCAUCCUAGCUAUUGUGAAAGCCAUGAAUACACUUGGGAUUGAUUAUGUAAAUCCCAGAAGUUCAGAAGACCAGCGCCAACUCUAUGCAAUGGCAAAUGCCCUGGGAGAUGGUGGCAUGACUCCAGAACUGGCUGAAGUGAUAAAGCAUCUGUGGAGAGACCCUGGGAUUCAGGCCUGCUUCGAAAGGGCAUCAGAAUAUCAGCUCAAUGACUCGGCGGCUUACUAUCUUAAUGAUUUGGACAGAAUAACAGCUCCUGGGUAUGUUCCAAAUGAACAAGAUGUUCUACAUUCCCGGGUGAAAACAACUGGAAUAAUUGAAACUCAAUUCUCCUUUAAAGAUCUACACUUCAGAAUGUUUGAUGUGGGAGGACAGAGAUCAGAGAGAAAGAAAUGGAUUCACUGCUUUGAAGGAGUUACAUGCAUUAUAUUUUGUGCUGCCCUAAGUGCCUAUGACAUGGUCCUAGUGGAAGAUGAAGAAGUGAACAGAAUGCAUGAAAGUCUUCACUUGUUCAAUAGUAUCUGUAAUCACAAAUACUUUGCAACUACCUCCAUUGUCCUGUUUCUCAAUAAAAAGGAUCUCUUUCAAGAAAAAGUAACCAAAGUGCACCUUAGUGUUUGCUUUCCAGAGUAUACUGGGCCCAAUACAUUUGAAGAUGCAGGAAAUUAUAUCAAGAACCAGUUCUUAGACCUGAAUUUAAAAAAAGAAGACAAGGAAAUUUACUCCCACAUGACCUGUGCUACAGAUACACAAAAUGUCAAGUUUGUGUUUGAUGCAGUUACAGACAUAAUAAUCAAAGAGAAUCUAAAAGACUGUGGGCUUUUUUAG